GUGGGACACACCUUGGGCCUCGGGGAGCAGGCGCUCCCCAGCGUCCCCCGUACCCUUGUGCUUUUGAGGCUGCCCAUUCUCUGGCUGUGUUGAAGGGAGAUGCUUUCAAGGUGGGGCAGCCCAGCCUCACCUGGAUGCCAUGGGUAGCCCAAGUCACCACCCAGGAUCGGAGACCGAUUGAGCCCUUUGAAGGGGUUGGACCCCCACGGUGCCAUCCAGGCCUGGCAGACUGCUCCAGCAGAUGGGUGAAGCUUCCCAGGCACCCCAGCUGUCUUAGCAGGGGAAGCCCCGAAGGGCUCCUAACUGGGGUUUGAUCCGACCGAUUGCCCUCCGUAAGUCGGGAUUUUGUACAAGAUCCUUGUUUCCCUAUUAUUACGAAUACACUUGAAUUAGUGGAGCAAAGCGAACCGAGCAAAAUUCAUAUAUCGCAGAUGGUUUUAGAAGAAUGAGUAAGAAUAUUAAUGAGCUAAGGCAAGCCUUACAGAAAAAAACACAAGAAACCUUGAAGCUCCAGGAAGAAGCAGCCAAGUUAUCUUCAGAAUCCACUGCACGUCGAGAAGGAAGGUCCUCUCCUUCCAGUAUCAUAGGGGUCCCCACGAUGGCCAGCCCAAAACCAUCGUCAAGUUCAACCAAGCACAGCAGUACGGUCCUAGACAGCACCUCAUACAAUUUUCCUAGUUCACACAGUAGUCCUCCAAAGAGCCUUUCUUCCAAAUAUGAAUCGGAGAGCGGGAGUCACAAAAAAUCAGUAAUCUUUUCUGGAAAAGAGCAGGUGGAGACCAUCCUGGAAGAAUAUGCAGAGCAAGUGAGGGACUUGCAGAAGAAGCUAAGUGAAAACACAGAACAACACGAGCAACAGAAAUUCGCUUUACGGCAAUCAAUUAUUGAGCUGCAGACGAGUCUGGAAAACGCAAUGAGAGAGAAAGAAUCCCUUAGUGAAUUAAGACGAAAGGAAUCUCACUCGCAAGAAGGUCACAAUAGCAGGCUGAGAGCCACGGUGGAUGAGUUGAAGACGGCCAGCCAGCUUCAGGAGGAAAUGCUGAAGGAAUCCAGUAGCCAGAUUGACUAUUUGAAAAAGUUGGUCCAGGGCCAUGACGACGUAUUCGAACAGCUCCGCGGUCUUCUCCUGCACUACGAAGGGGGUCCAGACCAGAAGUCGUAUGGAUAUGAAAGCAUUGCCAGCGUCCGCGUCUCCUACCUGCCCACUGCUUUCGCCAGGAUUCUCCAGGACUUCGAAGCAGAGGUGUUGCGUUUGAAAUCCAAGUUUGUCCCACUGGAAGACCAAAUAGAUAUGAUGCAAAGAGAAUCACAGUCGAAAACCGAAAUUUUGCUUCAGCAACAUCAGGACAGUGUUGAGAGGCUGAUCGGUGAACAUGAGCAGGAUCUGGAAGUACUGAGGGAGGCAGCGAAGGCUUCCCACAGCCACGCCAACAAUAUUCAAAGCCAGAUGGAAAUCAUUCAAGAACAAGCCAAAAAUCAGAAAUCUUUGUAUUUGCGCCAAAUCAGUCAGCUGGAAGGCACAAUUUCUCAAUUGCGCUCUGAGCUACGGGAAGCCAUGAGGUUGUCCCAGGAUAAGAUAGAAGAUCUGGAGAAGCAGCUGCACCUGGUUCACUCUGAGAUGACUGAAGCUCAGAUUGAAAGGGAUCAAUACAGCCAAGAAACUGGAAACUUAGAUGAUGAGGUUCAGCAAUUGUUGGCUGAACUCCACAAGAAGGAUGUAGAACUGAAUCUGGAAAAGGAGCAGAAUAAGAGGCUCUGGGAUCGAGACACGGGGAGCAGCAUCACCAUCGACAAUCUGCGGAGAGAGCUGGACAACAAAAACAUGGAGCUGCAGCGCUUGGACUCCAUCGUCCGGUCCUUGCAGAUGGAGUGUGAAGGACAAGUUCAGCGUCAGAUGUCCGCAAUUAAAGAGAGGAAUGACAGCCUAGAGAGAGAAUCCUCAAUCUUGGCCCAGCUAAAUUCGACCAAAGAAAAACUCCAUAAAGCUUCCCAAGAGCUGAACGAAAGGAAAUUAAGCUUGGAUUCGGCAGAGAGGGUCAUCGCCGAUCUGAGAUGUUCCCAUCUGGAGAAGGAAAGGGUCAUCGAAUGCACCAACGACGAGAUCAAUAAGCUGCGGGGACGAGUGGACAGCAAGCGGCAAGAGUUCCAGCAGCUGAAAAGCGAAAGCGAGCUCUUGCGAGGCGUGCAGUCCGACUGCGAGUCCCUGAAGGUGCAGCUGGCGGAGAAGGAGAAGGUGAUUGAGAUCCUCCAGAAACAAGUCGAGGGCAUGACCGAGAUCGUAAGCCAACAUGGCCGGACAGCUGGCGCCAUGGAGACAGAGAAGUCUCAACUCAUAAAAGAAGUCGGCGAGAAGAAAGUCGAACUCCAAGAACUGAAGAUUUCGCAAGACAAGAAGGAUAGCCAGAUUCGUCAACUGGAGGCCAGCCUGAGCGACGUGGAAUUAGAAAAAGUGAAACUGAUGAACGUGUGCUCGGAAAGGCUGAGGGUACUGAAAGAGAUGAAACUGGAGCGAGAAGAACUUGUGAAUGAAAUCAAAGCCAGCCGCAUUGAGCUCAGUGCGCUCGCAGAGGAAGCAGAAAUCAUCAAGAACGACUACCGAGAGAAGAAUGAAGACAUGGAAGCCAUUGUGAGCAAACUGAAAAUACAGCUGAAAUCCGCUCAGAUUGAACUGGAGCAAACCAGGGCCACAUUGAAGACCAUGGAAGGCUCGGAUGGCCAUGGUAACGCCAUGAAAGUCGCAAUGGGGAUGCAGAAGCAAAUUACAGCCAAACGAGGACAGAUUGAUGCUUUGCAGAGCAAGAUCAAGUUCUUGGAGGAAGCAAUGACGAAUGCAACUAAGGAAAAACAUUAUUUGAAAGAAGAGAGAAACCGGUUAAGUCAAGAGCUGAGCUGCAUGGCUUCUUUAAACAACAAAUUGGCUGGAGAAUUGGAAAUCCUAAAGUCCCAGGAUAAGCGUUUGAAAGACAAACUGGUGACGAUGGAAGCUGCUCUCGAUAAAGCGUCUCUACAGUUUGCAGAGUGUCAGUGCAUCAUUCAGCGGCAGGAACAAGAAGUUAUGCGCUACAAACUUCAGCACACUUUAGACGUGAAAGAGCUGCAGGGACCAGGACACACCGUGGGUUCCUCCUCACUUAAACAGCGCUAUUCAUCCUUGCCUCACUCAUCCAGCGCACCGUCAUGUCAAACGUUUGCAGGCCACAUCUCUCACAUGCCCUCCAAGCUUAAUUACACCAAGGAGGAUCCGUUGCGAGACUUAAAACAACUCCUUCAAGAAUUACGAAGCACAAUCGAUGAAAUACCUUCGGCGAUUCUCCCCAAAACAGAAAGCGACAGCGAUCCUGAUUUGAGCAGUACGCUGGAGGCCGCGGUGAGAGACUUACCUUCAGAGGUGACCAGGGGGCAAGAAGCAUUUAGCAGGGAUGCAUUAAGCUUACAUACUGCAGAUCUUGAAGAACAAGAAUCGACUUUCCCUUUUACAUCCAGUGUGUCCCAACUCUCCGCUCGCUAUACCUCUUCCAAGAAACCCUCCUUUGAGGACCGAUACAAAGAUAGGUCUCCUGUGCACUCCUUGCUAACGGCUCCUUUGGAUGACCUUAAGGCGGCUCCUGCACCUUCCUUCGAACGACGGUCCAGUCUGAGGAAGAACUGCUCCCCCCCAGAACCCACAACCACGACCACCAAUCGAAGUGUUUCUUUCAGCACUUCUACUUCGAUUCAGACGGGGGAAUCCAGAGAAAAUACUUGCAGAAAAUUACAGAAUAAGAUGGAGAAUCUACAAAACCUGGUGGAAACAAUGCAGUUAAAAAACCAAGCAAUGUCCACCAUGAUCAGAUGUCAGGAAAAGAAAAUAGAGCAAGCCAAGGAAAAAGAGAAGAAGCUCUCCAAAUGAAUAUGCGGGCCCAGUUUUCAGUCCCUCAAAGAGGCAUCCAGAUUGCACCUCGCACGGGUAGAAUGUAUUUAAGCCUUCAGUUCUUGUUAAUAAUAAAAGUUGACAUAGUUUUGUAA